AUGGGAGGAUAUGGGUGUGUAUGGAGGAUAUGGGUGAGUAUGUAUGGUGUAUAUGGGAGGUAUGGGUGGGGAGGAUAUGGUGGGUAUGGAGGAUAUGGGUGGGUAUGGGAGGAUAUUGGUGGGUAUGGGGAUAUGAGUGGGAAUGGGAGGAUAUGGAUGGAUAUGAGUGGGAAUAGGUGGGUAUAUGGGUGUGUAGGAUAUGGGAGGGAUAUGGGUGAGUAUGGGGAUAUGGUGAGGAUAUGGGUGGUAUGGGGGAUAUGGGUGAGUAUGGGAGGAUAUGAGUGGGCAUGGGAGGAUAUGGGUGUGUAUGGGAGGAUAUGGGUGUGUAUGGGAGGAUAUGGUGUGUAUGGGAGGAUAUGGGUGUGUAUGGGGAGGAUAUGGGUGUGUAUGGGGAGGAUAUGGGUGUGUAUGGGAGGAUAUGGGUGGGUAUGGGAGGAUAUGAGUGGGCAUGGAGGAUAUGAUGGAUAUGAGUGGGAAUAG